UAUAUAUAUAUAUAUAUAUAAGAAAAAAAAAAAAAAAACUCACCCAUUUUCUCUCUUGAGCAGUUGAGGUUCUCUACUACCGCACGGGAAUUUCACCUCCCCUCCAAGGGUAACGCCUCUUCACUCUCAAUCUCUCUUCCAGGAACACGCUUUAGAGCAUUCAAAAGCGGAAUCUAGAGGCAGAGAAGUGAGCAGAUUCUUUGAUCUUUGAGCCAUGAAUUCCAGAAGGGAUUACCGUAAUAAUAAAGUUUCACUUUUUGAUGACAUUGAGGAGGGUGGCAUUAGAGCCUCUUCUUCUUACUCCCAUGAAAUUGAUGAGCAUGAUAAUGAAAGAGCUAUGGAAGGAUUGCAAGAUAGAGUCAUUCUUCUGAAGAGACUGUCGGGUGAUAUAAAUGAGGAGGUGGAGACCCACAACCGCAUGCUGGAUCGAAUGGGCAAUGAUAUGGAUUCAUCAAGAGGAAUCUUGUCAGGAACCAUGGAUAAGUUUAAAAUGGUGUUCGAGACCAAAUCAAGCAGGAGAAUGUUUACCCUUGUUGCAUCAUUUCUGGUCAUUUUCCUGAUUGUAUACUAUCUCACUAGGUAAACAACUUAUGAUGUAUUUGAUGCAGCUGGCAGCUUUAUGUUAGAACUGGGAUGACCUUUUUACUGUAAUCAAUGUACCUGUUGCAUGUAAGGAAUUAUGGUGUGGUUGUAUAAAGAGAUUUUAUUCUAUAAAACAGUUAUUAAAAUGGAUA